CAAUGAAUCUCCCAUGACCGCAGAAAAAGCAAAAACAUCCAAAAUACAGAAAAAGCUAGAAGGCCAUCUCUGACUAACGCGCCACCAAAGACCUCACGCGCAACCGCAGCGCGUGCGUCAAUCUCCGUAGCCCUUUUCCUUUCCCUCUCUCUCUCUAGACCUCGUCGAAGCACCACCAUGACCACAACAUCUCUCUGAAAAUCACUCACACGCAAAAGAGAGAGAGAAUCGAAACACCCCGUAAGCAGCACGGCACAAUCGCAACGCAAGAGAUUAAUAAUCAAUUUGCAUCGAUCGAUCGAUCGUUGGUUAGGUUUUUGUUUUGGGGGAAUAUGGGCGAGUUGACUCAGGCGGAGGUGUACUCGCCUCGGACUCAGCAAGUGUGGAGGGCACUGUUGAGUUGGUUGGCCUUCUUCUUUCAGAUCUUCUUCCAGAUUAUAAGAGCCUUAGGUCACUACCCUCUACUCUCUUUCUCUUCUAAUUCUUCUUCUUCUUCAAACGCUUCUUCCUCUUCCUCUUCCUUCAAACCUCUUCCCUCCGUUGAGAUUGCUGAACACGAUUCGCCUCCUCCCUCCGCCCUCGAAAUCUCACCACUUGAUUAUUCCCCCGCCGAUCAUCCCGUCCCAAAACUCACGGUUGUGCUGGACUUAGAUGAAACACUGGUAUGUGCAUAUGAGACAUCAAGUUUGCCAGCUGCUCUACGGACUCAAGCAAUCGAAGGUGGUUUGAAUUGGUUUGAGCUGGAAUGUGUAUCGAUAGACAAGGAAGGAGAAGGCAAAAAAAUCAAUUAUGUUACAGUAUUUGAACGCCCUGGGUUGAAGGAAUUUUUAAAGCAACUCAGUGAAUUUGCUGACAUGGUGCUGUUUACAGCUGGUCUUGAAGGCUAUGCUAGACCCCUUGUUGACAGAAUAGAUGUGGAAAAUCGAUUCAGUCUACGACUUUAUCGGCCCUCAACAAUUAGCACGGAAUAUCGGGAGCAUGUCAAGGAUCUUACCUGCAUCUCAAAGGAUCUUUGUCGCAUUGUUAUUGUAGACAAUAAUCCUUUCAGCUUUGUAUUGCAACCGGUGAAUGGAAUUCCGUGCAUUCCAUUUUCUGCUGGGCAACCACAUGACACCCAGCUUCUAGAUGUCAUUCUUCCACUUCUCAAGCAACUUUCUGAGCAGAAUGAUGUAAGACCUUUCCUCUAUGAAAAGUUCCACAUGCCUGAUUGGUUCCAGAAACAAGGGAUUCCAGCUUCCAGUUGGACUUUGUAGGAUUAAACUAGUUUGCCAUUAAGCUCUCUGUUUUCUUUUUGGUGAAAUUCUUAGUUGUUUUGCUGGAAGGGCAGCUGCUGAUUGGUUGAAAUAGAUUUUUUGUAUAGCAUCAAUUUGUUUUUGGAUUGCCUAAGGGUUUCAAAUGCUCUGCUUCUUGGAUGUCAAAUCAGUUCACCACUUGUGUAUGUAGAUUGCCAGAAUUCUGAUUCUUGUUUAUAGGCUUGCAGUCUGUUGGAAAGUAUCUCGUUAGUCCAUUGUAAAAUUAUCAAUUAUCAAUAAUUAACAGUUUAAACAUUCAUUACGUUGCAAAGUUUGUUA